CAAGCUGCGGGCUGUCUGCGUAGAGGGACAGGCGCGGUGCGCGGCGUCUCUGCGGGCGACUGGCACUUGCGUAUCGCGACCUCGCACACUCAGUGUGCUGUACAGUGUUCACAUACAGGUACUCGUUCGUUGCCGGGCGGUACAAUCGCGUACGUAAACACGUCUUCCUUAGACAUUUCGCGUUUUUGAGUGAUUUCAUAACAAAUAUUGAGCAAGAUAAAAUAGUGGUUUACGAGGUUAGCGCUACUGAAAUUGUGUAAUGUGACGAUUAUGACCAGUGUUCUGAAAAAGUCCAGAGGUACUAAAGGAAAAUCCGAAUCCAUGCAAGAAGAUUUGCCCACGAGAUGGGGGAGUGACUCCCAGCAGAGAAGAGAGGAUGUGGCGAGACUCAUCAAACAUAUCGACGAGAGUGUCAUCGGGAAAGGCAACUCCUUCUGUGGACCAUUUGGAAGGAGAAAAGUGGUGUAUUGUGAUUACAAUGGCUCCGGGCGGUCCCUGCAGUGGAUUGAGGAGUACAUCGCGCGAGACGUACUGCCGACACACGCCACACAGUGCACUGCUCUCUCCUACACCUCAGGACAGAGCGAGAUUUACAGAUCGGAAUCGAAGGUGUUAGUUCGGAACGCGGUGGGAGCCUGCCCGGAAGACGUGGUGGUGUUAGGGUCUUCACUGCCGAGGUUUCUGAGAGCCCUGCGCCCGCAGAGGGUGGCUCUGUUCGUCUCCUCGCGAGAGACAGAGAGGCAGCUAAUACCUUGGAGGGAAUAUGGAGCGGAGAUUAUAAAAAUUCCUGAGUCCAAAGAAGGUUUCAUAGAUCUCAACAACCUCGAGCACAGGCUGCAAGAGAACACUGGCACUGGCAAGCGCAUGAUCGGGUUCUUCCCCGCCGCUUCGAAGCUCACGGGGGUGCUGGCUGAUGACGUGGCUACGACACUGCUCCUCCAUCAGUACGGGGCUUGGUCCUUCUGGGAUUACACGCUUGUCGCACCAACUUCAACAGUGGACAUGAACCCAACUUUCCCCGGUGUGGACGAUGAGAUGGUAAAGAAAGAUGCGCUCUUCUUCAACUGCGAGAAAUUUGUGGGCGGCGUUCAGGGGCCGUACGUGACUGUCGUGAAGAGUGACGUCUUCAAGAAUACACCUUUGUAUACAGACGAUGUGGAGGUUUUGUCGGAGAGAAUCGAAGAGUGUAAGUCUUCGGAGGCUGUGAGGGCCGCCAUCGUGAUGCAGCUCAGGGACGCUGUAGGACUCCAGAACAUUGCUGAGAGACAAGAUCACAUCACCAGACAAGUUCUGUCGCACAUCAAGAAUAUUCCGGAAUUAAUUCUGCUGGGAAAUGAAUCGCCGACAGUGCGCAGGUUACCCAUCUUCUCGUUGAUGGUGAAACAUCCGAGGGGCACGUUCCUUCACCACAACUUCGUGUGUGCGGUCCUGAACGAUGUCUUUGGAAUCCAAGCGAGGGGAGGUCUCAGCAGCAACCUGAACUAUGGCUCCGAUAUCCUCGGGAUAGAUGACCAACUACUGAGGGAGUACGAGAAACUACUGAAUGUGGAAGCACAAAGAGAAAUUGCAAGAGUUCGUAAAAUGAGCGAUGUUAAAGCGCCGGAAGUGCCCAUACACAAUGAGCACUUGAGGCCCGGGUUCUGCAGAGUGUCUCUACCAUAUUUCAUGUCAGAGAGUGAGCUGGCCUUCGUUCUAGAAGCCCUGAAAAUGGUCGCCACAGAGGGUUGGAAAAUAUUGCCCCAGUACAUAGUGAGCCCACAGACUGGACAAUGGCGACACCAUACUUGCUCCAUAUUAAGGGACAGAAAAUCUCUGUAUUCGCUGAAAUUUCGCGAUGGAAAAGUUUCUUCACAUGAAAGAAGAGUUUCUGGUCCAGGCAUAUUUCCUCAAACAUACACUGAAUGCUUACAAACUGCCAGGAACCUAUUCAGUAGAGCUAGAAAGCUGGCUAUGAAGUGUACAUCAGCUGAACCGGAAAUGUCGUUCAAUCCACGCAUAGACUACCUGAGAUGGUUUAUGCUGCCGAAGGAAGCGCACGACCUAUUGUUGGGGCGAUCAGCAAACGUGAAACAUAUUGUACCAUUUGAUCCGUCUGGUUUCACCGGUGCGCGUAAAAGUCUGUAUAUUUCGAGGUCUUCCAUAACUUCUUCGCCUAUAUUAGGCUCGUCACCGAGACAUUUCAGUUUGUCUGCUAUCGAUGACUGUCAAAUAUUUAGGUUUAAACAGAAACAAAAAUUUUACUCUAGAGAGUCAAGUCUCAAAGAAAUGCACAAAGAAGAUAUCGUGGAAAAGCAACCAGUGCAAUUCGCCGUGGGUGAACAAGUAUCACCACUGCGUAUUAUGCCUCAGUGUGCGAGGCCACUACUAAUAAGAUCUAGGUGCUAUAGCUUAGGUUCAGACAGUCCUCCCGUACAAUUUAGCUCACAAACAAAGAUUAAUUUGGGAUUGAAGGAGGCUAGUCCUAAUAACGAUACUGACAAAGCAAGCAGUUUUUGCCACUGUGGAAGUCAAACUGAUCUUCAAUCAUUAGAUGAUCCAAUGUUGUCACCUGAAAAGGCAUUCCUUUUUAACGCUCAAAGUAGCACAUCAGUAUCAGACUGUAGUCAAGUAGGGCGGACGUCCCCUACGACAUCAUUAACAUCCCAAACAUCCGAAGAUAUUCAUGCUUAUGUCAAAGAAAUGACAAAAGAAAUAGCGACUGAGAUAAAAUCUGAAAUACGUGAAGUGAUCUCAAGAGUAGACGAUAUUUUGGAAAAUUCUGAUAUGCUUGAACAGUCAAAUGCGAGUAUAACAUCAACAUCUAGUCAAAACGAUAGAAACUCUGUCUCAGUUAUAGAUGUAGCCGAAUACUUAAUGGGUAUGUCAAAGGAAAUGGCUUCGGAAGUGAAACAUGAAAUCCGUGAGAUGGUAAAUGAAGUCGAUGAAAUGAUAUCUCCAGAUUACACCGGAAACAACUCAAGAAGGAGUUCACCUUCCCAAAAUGGAAGAAGAAGAUUAGGGUCCGGUCCGGAUUUAGGAUUAGAUUUAAAGAGAGCUUCGCAGUGUCUGAAAAAAUGUCCCACUAGUCCAAUACUUCCGACUGAAUACUUAAAUGACGACGAGUUGUUUUCAAAAUGUUCGCCGACCAGUCAAUCGCCAAAAUCAGCUCAAUGCACUCCAUCACAUGAAGCGUCUGGUCCAAACAGUAUUUCAUUUAAUUCCAGUGAAACUUCUACCCCAGACACUAUUAUACAAGUAGUCACUACUUCACAAAACUCUCCCAAUUUGCCGAAAUCAUUAAGUACUAAUAAGCUAUCAGAUGAAGAAACAAGCUGCAAUGUCGGUAAUUAUAGAAAUUGCUGUAUAAAGAAAUCAUGGUGCCAAAACCCUUCAAUUAGUUCCCAAGAUAGCGGUAUAAAUAUGACCUUUACAGAAACUGACUCGUAUUUAGACUUAGGUAAAUAUCGCACUUCCUCAGAUCCUACCACAAAUAAGGCUAAAACACUUCAAGGGCGACUUAGGAUUUGUCAAAAAUAUGAGAAAAAUGAAGUGCCUGAUAUAAUCGAGGGAGUUCCGGUGUGUUCUAUAGAUCACACUAGACCAACUAAACGAGGCGAGGAAAGAAGCGACUCAGGAAAGGUCGUUUUCCGAAUACCCGACGAAGGGGAUAGACGAAAUACGGCGCCAGCUGAACUGAAACGAUGCAGCAGAUCGUCGAAUGCGUCGUCGUCGAGUGGAUCGGACCGGAGCUCCCGGUCUAGCGGGUACGGCACCGACCAACGGAUCAGCGCCGAAGAGACCUUCUAUGAGAGAAAUGAGUCCGAGUGCCCCCUGCUGAAGGAGCAGUGCGAAUGGGAGGAGGACGAUAGCAGCGCAUGCAGUGACAGCUCGCUCACCGACUUCACGUGCGACGACGAGGGCAAGUGGCACUGCCCGCCCAAGGCCGUCUGGAAGGCCACUGUCGAGGCUAUCCAUGAGUUCGGCAUGGUGAGACGCGGGGACAAGGUGGUGGUGUGCCUGUCGGGCAGCCGGGACUCCAUCGCUUUGCUUCAUACUAUGCAUCAAUACCAGUUCUACGCGCGCUCCAAGGGGAUACACUUUAGUAUUGGAGCGCUUUACGUACACGAGGACAAGUCAGACAUGGAUCCAAGAUACUUGAUGGCGUACUGCAGGAUGCUGGGCGUCAAGUUCAUCUACCAAGACAAGCUGGACGACGAUGACUCGCAAAGCCACGCUGAUUCCCCGCACGCUGCCGCCCGCGAGUCCCACCGCUGGGCGGCGCACGCGGUCCGACGACGAGUGUACGGCGCCGCGGCCGCGCACGGAUACGGCGUCGCCGCGGUGGCGCACUCCCUCGACCGCGCCGCCGCCGCCUUCCUGGCGGCCGCGCUGCACGCCGGCGCGCUGCGGGCGGUGAAGGCGCACUACCGAGUGCCGGAAUACGAUCUCCGCAUCAUAAGGCCGUUCAUCUACGUCCGCGAGCACGCGCUGCGUGAGUUCGGCCGCGUGCAGAUGUUGCCAGACUUUCGAGCGAACGACCCCGCGCCGCCUGUUAGCCACGCCGACGAGAGUUGUCGUGAAAUUAAAGAAACACCGCACAUUGAGCGCUCCGUAUCAGAUCCGAUACACAAAAGACCUUUACAAACGUGUGAUCCGCUGGACCACGCCCGCGAGCUACUCGAGUCCCAGGAACGAAUGUACCCGUACUUGUUUUCUAGUCUCAAGAACGCUAUGCAUCCUCUUCUGAGUGGCAGGAAUAUCGAGAAAGAUCUGAAGGAGCAUAGACACAGGAAAAAAUCAGUGAUACAAAUGAAGAACGGCGCUCCUGUUUACGACUCUGAGGAGGGAACUGACGAGGAGCCAAUGCCGUAAACUAAUCUCCCCGCGGAAAGGGUUACCAUAUUAAAAUAACUUGAAAACUUCGGUCAAAAAUUCAAAUAUCACGGUAGGCUAGAUAAAGAUACAGAUAAACGCUGUUUAAGUUAUCAAGUGACAUGAUGCUUGAUAUAAGAUUCAAAAUCUAUUGAUAUAUUUGUCAAUUUGUGGUAUCUUGAUACACGAGAGAGAGAGACGGAGAGAGAUAAAACACACCUCAAAAGUAAAGUGAAAAGUUAAUUAAACUUUUUAUUAUAGCUCUCCUUUAAGCUUAAGAAAAUGGUCGAAGUUCGGAAAAACCGGGAUUUAUGGUAACCCCACCCGUGGAGUUUUAACACGUAAUGACAUAAUAUUGUCAGUUGUUAUAAAUUACUAGCCUAUGAACUUAGUUCUAGGCACAGGCCAAUGCGGGCUUAUCUAUAUUAGCAACUCAAAUACGUAUCUAUAAUCUUAGGAGUUUCCGUAAAACACUUUUAUAUACAUUAUUAAUGAAUUUAUUUGAUAUGCUAAGUAAUUAUCAGCUGCAGUUAUUUGUAUAAAUAAAGAAAAAUGGCUCUGGCCAAAAUUAUAACACCAAUAUAUAGUUUUCUCAGAUAUGUACGCUGUUUAUUACGUUUAAUCAGACCAAUUUUGUGAUUAAGUAAGUACUCAGUGAUGAGUUGUUCGUGAUUUAUAUUAUGAACAUGUUGGAUAGUCUGACAUUCAUGUGCGAACGAUUUGCGUGCGAAAAUUAGAGGUUAUGUUUCGCUCGGGGUUGCCAUAUCCACAAUUAUUAUUAGUACUUAUAUAAUGAAUAUUUUGAUUGAUUUUCAAAUCAUAGUUGUGGAGUUGAAAACAAAGUGCAUUUGUUACAGUCUGUUAUUGAAUAUACUUAAUGUUACGAUAACAAUGUUUUCACCAGUGUUAAAAGUGUUGUGCGAGUCAUGUAUUGUGUAGUAGGUAAUAUACAAAGAGAGCAUAUUUAUUCGUUGUGAUGUUCAUAUUAAUGUUAAGGAGAAUGUUAUUGUGUCAGUGUUUAUCAAACCAGAUUUUUUAAAGAUCUGUUCUACUCUACGUAAUAACUUUGUUGAUAAAAUGUUGUCACUGUAUUGAAGAUUACAUAUUUUCAAAAAAUAAGAUAACCUCAAAAUGGUUAAUUGUUUGUCUAAGAUUGUAGUAUGUCAUUUAGGUUUAAGAAUUCAAACUGUUAAAAAACUAUAAAGAAAUGAAAUCUAUUUUAUAGCGUUAUAUUGUUGUUACAUUAAGAGAUGUAUGUAGACUUUGACAAGAUAUUGUUUUGAAGUUGAAUCGUUUUGUUGUAAGAUUAUGAUCACGGGUAACAUUAUUUUCGAUCUUGGUCAUGAUCUGGUGUUUUACUUACUCGAGAUGAGUAUUAUUUCGUAAAGUUAUGCCAUGAUUUUUACAACGAUAUUUUGUGCUAUUUUGAAUGUGUUUUUUGUGCAUGGCAACAUCAACAGUCAGGUUAAUAUCUAUAAAAUAAUAAAAGAACGGAAUGUAACUGUUGAUGUGAGACUGAACUAUUUUAUAAAUAUUAUUUUAAUGAAAUCUUUUUUUUUUCAAACUCAUUAAUCAUUAUUCUUUGGUAUGUUGACAGAAAAAAUAAACCUAUUUCUGAUACUUAUUUUUUGGUUUCAUUUUUUUACUUUUAGCAGAAAUUAAUGAUAAAUGAGGGCCUAUUAAUUUUUAUAAAUGCAUGUUAGAGUUGUAAGAGGUAAUUUCUUAGUACUAAGAAAUUAGUCAAUAAGUUGACGCUACAAAAAGUCCCAUUAAUUGCUUCCAUUAUGAUUGUAUUCAUAUAGGUCAUAUAAACAAAUACAUUAUGAUGAUUUUUAAUAAAAUUUGCCGUUUUAUUUUGUGUCUGCUUGAAUUUUCUAAAUAAUUACAUAUUUGAUCAGCCUUAAAGAUAAGGUCAAACAACAGAAUUAAAUUUCGUUUAUAAUAACCGUAUAACUGUAGCAA